CGUGCGUUUGUUUUGUUGUUGAUGUUGAUGCCGAGUAUGCGUCGUUGGUAGGUCCAAAAUCCAUUUCACCCAGGUGGAACUUGUCCGUGUCCGGGACCCAUUCAAGAUGAGCUUAGCCGAAUACGGAGAACGGAUCCGGGAAAAUGACCGGGUCAUCCUCUACAUCAGCUUCCGGCAGAUUUACCCGCUCUUCGUGACGCCAGAGAAAUGUACCAAGAGUGGUCAGAAGGUGGAACACGUGUUUCAGACCACUUACGGCGCUCUCCGCGUGUCUGAUCUCAUCGGACAACGAUUCGGGACCAAGGUCAAACUCACUCGCGGUUACGCCUACGUCCUCCAUCCCACCCCUGAGUUAUGGUCCAAGGCCCUGCCCCAUCGCACCCAGAUCUUGUACGCCACGGAUAUCGCCACCAUCUUGCUCCAAUUGGAGAUUCGACCCGGAUCCGUGGUCAUUGAGUCGGGCACGGGAUCCGGCUCUUUGUCGCAUUCCUUCAUCCGCUCCCUGUGGCCCUCGGGACAUCUGCACACCUUUGAUUAUCACGAAAGCCGCGUCAAAGCCGCUCAACAAGAGUUUCAAGAGCAUCAGGUCGGCCCGGCCGUCUCGGUGCGGCAUCGUGAUGUGUGCGCCGAAGGCUUUGAUUUAGUCGACGUGGCGGAUGCCGUCUUUCUCGACUUGCCGCACCCCUGGGAAGCCGUGCCUCACGCAGUCCAGGCCCUCAAACCCACGGGUGGGCGGUUGUGCUCCUUCUCACCGUGCAUGGAGCAGGUCCAGAAGACGUGUCAAGUGCUGCGAAAGUGCGGUUUCCAAGAAGUCACCACGCUCGAAUGUCUGUUGCGCGAGUUCCAGGUUCGGAAAAUCAGUAUGUUAGAGUUCGACCCGACCCGUGUGUCCAAAACCGAGGCAGAUUCGAGCGCCAACACCAAGGCUACUACUGAGGGCACUACCGAGGUCACUACCGAAGUCACUACCGGUGUCAAGCGCCCACUCGAGUCGGAUUCCGAGGACCUAGAAUCUAAACCUGUGACUACCACCAAUGGUUCGGCCAAGGCAACCAUCCCAGAGCGAUCGUUCGUGACCGGUGUGCCUUUGUUAAACAUGCCCGGACAUACAGGAUACUUGACGUUUGCCACGUGGCCAGCCCAAAUCAAAUUGGAGGAUGGGCCUUUUGUUACUGACAAUGAUGCCGUUUAAUACAUAUGAAUGAAUGGAA